AUGAAAGCUAAGGUUUUUGAUAAGGCUGAAGCUAAGCAGGAAGAACUUGCUGCUAUUGAAAGAGAUCCUAGUUUAAAAGGUAAAUCUAGGAAAGAAAUGGGUUUACUGGAAUUUACUGGAAAACAGAUUAGGUCAAAUAUCUGUGGUAUGAAUCUGGCUUUCUCUCCUAUUCACUUCAACGCUUUGCUUGGCUUGGAUAACUCUGGGAUAGAGUUAGAUGUUUUUGAGAAGGACACUAGGUACAAAAAUGAUCUUCUGGCUCUGAUAUGUACAGAUCUGAAACUGAAGGGUAAAGUCAAGGAACUUGUGGAAAAGAAGUUCACUCCGGAGAUUCUGAAUGCAAGUUUUCUAACCAAGAUGCGUAUCAUCUCAUCAAAGUUGGUUCAACCUCCACAAGAGUUUACAGCUAGUCUUGAAGAUCGACUGUAUGUAGAUGGUUAUCCAGUAAUCUCUGAAAUGGAUGCUGAGCAUAUCAUCCAAGAUUAUCUGGAAGUUCUUAGAAAAGAAGGGUAUACUGUUGAUAGGAGUAUGAAGAAGGUUAAGGUAGAAGAAGCUAUUGCUGAACAAAGAACGAAAAGGAAACAUGAAGCUUUGUCUGGAAAAGCUGCUGCAACAUCAUCAAAGAAGCCUAUUGUUGUUGAUGAUGAAGAGGAAAGUGAAGAUAGUGACUCUUCUGAAUCUCAGUCUGAUUCAGAAACUGAGUUUUUGGUGUGUCCCUCUGAUGUGGAUAUGGAGGUGUCACUAAUCAAGGCUAAAAUCUGCAAUGCUCUGGAUGCAAUGGGUGAUGAAAUCAAGACUGUGAUUGGACAACGGGAUUUGGAUAUGGUACAUCUGCUGAAGGACAGCUUAGCAAGAGCUAGUUUGAAAAGACUGACUGGGUUUAACCAUGAAGAGCAUGAGCGUGCUAAGCUGGCUGCUAUUGCUGCUACUACAAGGCAUAUGUCUACUUUUAAGGAAUGCUGGAGAAAUUCAUUUUCUUUUGUUCUUUGCUAUAGGUGUGGAGAAGUGGGCCAUAAGUCUUAUGAAUGCCCAGGGAAAGGAGACAAGUGUUUCAAUUGUGGAAAGUGGGGACAUAGAUCCGAUGUUUGUCUAGUGAAGGUGACUUGCUUCAAUUGUGGUGAAGAGGGUCACAAAAGUCCUAUGUGCAAGAAGCCGAAGAAGACUAUGGGGAAGGUGUUUGCUUUGAGUGGAGAUGAUGCGGAUCAGGGGGAUAAUCUCAUUAGAGGUACGUGUUUUAUCUAUAACACUCCUUUAAUUGCGAUUAUUGAUACGGGAGCAACACAUUCUUUUAUAUCCGUUGAUUGCAUGAAGCGUCUUAGUAUACCUGUGUCUGAAAUGUCUGGUCGUAUGGAAAUAGAAACUCCUGCUAAUGGUUCUGUAACUACCCGUCUAGUAUGUCGUGACUGUCCCGUAACCGUGUUUGGUAGACACUUUGGAAUGGACCUAGUGUGUAUCCAACUUAGUGGAAUAGAUGUUAUUUUUGGUAUGAACUGGUUGAUAUUUAACCGAGUCCAUAUCAAUUGUUGCGAGAAGACCGUUGUAUUUCCUAAACCGGAGGAGAGUUCGCAUUUGAUGAGUAGGAAGGAAGUAGUAGAGUCGUUGAAGGAACCUGUAGAGGUGUAUGCGUUGUUUGCAUCCUUGAAGAUGGAAGGUGAAGUUAAGGUGGAAGAGUUACCGGUUGUUUGUGAAUUUCCCGAUGUAUUUCCGGAAGACGUGUCAGAUGUACCGCCGAAGAGAGAAGUAGAGUUUACGAUCGAUUUGGUACCUGGUACUAGUCCGAUAUCUAUGGCACCGUAUAGAAUGUCAGCGUCAGAGUUGAAUGAUGUAUCGCCGUGGGGUGCACCUGUGUUGUUGGUUAAGAAGAAAGAAGGGAGUAUGAGGUUGUGUAUUGACUACCGGCAGUUGAACAAAGUGACGAUCAAGAACAAGUAUCCACUUCCGAGGAUAGAUGACUUAAUGGAUCAAUUGGUUGGAGCUUGCGUAUUUAGUAAGAUUGAUUUGAGAUCCGGAUACCAUCAGAUUAGAGUGAAAACAGAAGAUAUACCAAAGACUGCUUUUAGGACGAGGUAUGGUCAUUAUGAAUAUUCGGUGAUGCCUUUUGGUGUGACCAAUGCACCUGGUGUUUUUAUGGAGUACAUGAAUAGGAUUUUUCAUUCAUUCUUGGAUAAGUUUGUUGUGGUAUUCAUCGAUGAUAUUUUAGUUUACUCAAAGUCCGAAGAGGAACAUAAGGAGCAUUUGCGGAUUGUUUUGCAAGUUUUGAAAGAGAAGAAGUUGUAUGCCAAAUUGUCGAAGUGUGAAUUCUGGUUGAAAGAAGUAAGUUUUCUUGGUCAUGUGAUUUCAAGUGGAGGAAUAGCGGUUGACCCAGCAAAAGUUGAUGCCGUAUUGCAAUGGGGAAUGCCAGAGUCUGUUUUUGAGAUAAGAAGUUUUCUUGGAUUGGCUGGUUAUUAUGUGUCAGAAGUCGAAGAUUGA